GGCAAGUCAAGUCAAGAAGCACCUAUAUAGGAUGGUUCUGUGCACCUUAUGCAAAAUGCUGCUUUCUGUUAAAUUAGUUGGUGGAGUAUAUGCUUAUCGACUUGGAGCAUCAGAAAUGAUCUUGGUUUUCAUUUCUAUUUCUUUAUUAGUACGAAGUGAUAUCCAUAUGAGAGAUAGAGCUGCAACCCGACCAGACACUAAGCAUUCUGAGGAAGCAAAUCAAACUUCAUCUCCUCUAAUGGCUGCUUCUUCAGAUCUGAAAGGGAAUUAUGACCUCUUCCUGAGUUUCAGAGGUACGGACGUUCGAAACAGCUUCCUCAGUCAUCUCUAUGUGGCUCUUGAUCAAAAAGGAUUCUACACUUAUGUUGAUAGCGAGGAGCUUCAGAAAGGCAACUGUAUAAAGCCGGCGCUUAUAAAGGCAAUUGAGGACUCGCGUAUUGCAAUCAUCAUUUUCUCCGAGAACUAUGCUUCCUCACAGUGGUGUUUGGAAGAGGUGGCAAAAAUCAUGGAGUGCAAUAAGCAAAGAGACCUCGUGGUCUUUCCAGUGUUUUACAAAGUGGAUCCCAGAGAAGUGAGAACACCAAGAGAGAGCUACAAAAAAGCUAUGGUUGAGCAUGAGAGAAAGUUUGGGAGAGAUUCGGACGAAGUGAAGAGAUGGAAAAAUGCUCUCUUUGAUGCAGGUAGCUUGUCUGGGUGGGAUUUGAAGGAUAAAGAUGAAGCAGAUCUUAUCAACAGAAUUAUGUGGGAGAUCUCUAUGCAGCUGGACCGAAAACUGUUACACGUUGCCAAGCAUCCGGUUGGAAUACAUCGACAAGUGGCAAAGCUGGAAUCUAUGUUAAAUCUUGAGUCUUGUGAUGAUGUUCUCAUGAUAGGAUUAUGGGGACAAGGAGGUAUAGGAAAAACAACAUUAGCCAAAGCCCUUUACAAUGAUAUAUUCAGAGGAUUUGAGGCUUCAUGUUUUUUGGCAAACGUUCGUGAAACUUCAAAAGAUUCCAAGGAUUUAGUUCAUUUGCAAGAAAAAUUGUUGUCCGAGAUAUUAGUGGGAAAAGAAUUAACACUUUUAAGUGUUGAUGGAGGUAUUAAUUUGAUGCAACAUAGACUUUGCUGCAAAAGAGUCCUCCUUGUUCUCGACGAUGUCGAUGACGUAAAACAAUUAAAUGCUUUAGCUGGAGGCCGUGAAUGGUUUGGUAAAGGAAGCAGAAUCAUCAUUACUACGAGAGAUAGCCAUCUAUUAACUUUCCAUAGGAUAGAUGAAGAUCAUAUCUAUGAAGUUAAAACUCUAGAUGAUUUGGAAGCUCUUGAACUUUUCGAUAAACAUGCUUUUCUUGGAAGUAAGGAAAUAGUGAUAAGGAGGGAUCUUGUGGAUAGUGCUUUGCAUUAUGCUAGUGGGCUUCCUUUAGCACUUGAGGUAUUGGGCUCUUUCCUAUGUGGUAGAAGAGAGCAGGAGUGGGAAAGUGCAUUGAAUAAACUUGCUAAAAGUCUUGACAAAACCAUCAAUGAUGUUCUCAAGUUAAGUUAUGAUGGACUAGAAGACUACGCAAGGGAGAUAUUCCUUGAUAUUGCAUGUUUCUUCAAGGGGCGAUCUAUAGAGUACAUCAUGAAAGUCCUUAACAGUUGCGACUUUGACACAACUAUUGGAGUACAAGUUCUUGUUGAGAAGUCCUUAAUAAUGAAAGAAGGGGAGACAAUACAGAUGCAUGACUUGAUUCAGUUGAUGGCCAUGGAUAUUGUUAAACAAGAAUGUCGUGAUGAUCCUGGAAGACGCAGCAGGUUAUGGCUUUGUGAAGACUUCUGUGAUGUUCUAUCGGGGGAUCUGGUAAGUUUUGGUGGUUUAAACACUGAUUUUACUCUCUUCUUCUCUGACUUCGUUUACUAAUUGCAAUGCAAGUUCUAUAAAUGCAGGGAACAAAUGCGGUAAAAGCCGUAGUUUUGGUUUUACCCAGGACAAAAGCAAUAUACAUAGGUCCCAAUGCUUUCAUAAACAUGAGAAGGUUGAGGUUGCUCAUCAUGAUUAAUGUGCAUAACUCUUUCCAAGGUCCUAUCUGUCUUCCUUAUGAACUGAGAUGGUUUGAAUGGCCUGGAUGUCCUUGGUUUCCCGAAUUUUCCUCUUGUCCAAAUAAGUUGGUUGGGCUUGAUCUGUGCAAAACCAACAUCCAAGUCGU